UUAUGGCCAUGUUGCCCUUCCUUAUUGUGGCCGUGGUCCAGGCCAAUGUUUCCUUGAAGAGACUGAAUAAGUUCCUCAACGCUGACGAACUGGACCUGAACAGUGUAUCAAGGGACGCCACACAGGAGAGUCCUGUUGUGAUCAAGAAUGGGACGUUCGCGUGGGGCGGCGGUGAGGAGGAGAGCCCGGCGCUGAGAGACAUCGACUUCACCGCACCCGAGGGCGCCCUGGUGGCCGUCGUCGGCACCGUCGGCGCCGGCAAGUCCUCCCUCUGCUCCGCUAUACUGGGCGAGAUGGACAAGCUCUCCGGCACAGUGAAUGUUAAG